AUGAAACGCUCGAAUAUCAAGCGCCACUUUGAGACACGACAUGCUGCAUUUACAACCAAAUAUCCAGCUGGGGACAGCAGAAAGAAGGCAUGCGAAGAGCUACAGAGGAAAGUCCAAGCUAGUCAGCAGCAGCUCCGUGUAUGGACCAGACAAGGUGACUUCAAUUCAGCUAGUUUUGCUGGCGCAUUAGCAAUUGUGAGGAACAGAAAGCCAUUUACUGAUGGCGAGUUUGCCAAAACAUUAAUGCUUGAUGUGGCUAAUGAACUUUUUGACGACUUCACUGAUAAAGAAAAGAUCAUAAAGCGAAUAAAAGACAUGCCUCUGUCAGCAAGAACCGUUCACGAUCGUGCCAUUAUGAUGGCAAAUCAAGUGGAGGAAACACAAGUGAGGGACAUUAACACAGCAGUCUACUUCUCCCUCGCCUUGGAUGAAUCAACCGACAUAAGCCAUGUAUCCCAGUUCAGUGUAAUUGCAAGAUAUGUUGCCGGUGACACGCUGUGUGAAGAAAGUCUUGCUGUUUUGCCAAUGAAGGGAUCAACGAGAGGGGAAGAUUUAUUCAAGGCGUUUAUGGAGUUUGCCCAGGAGAAAAAUCUACCCAUGGAUAAACUCAUUUCUCUGUGUACCGAUGGCGCUCCAUGUAUGGUGGGGAAAAACAGAGGGUUCGUGGCCCUUCUUUGUCAACAUGAAAACAGACCUAUCCUCAGUCUUCACUGCAUUCUUCAUCAGGAAGCGCUUUGUGCGCAAAUGUGUGGCGAGCAACUUGGUGAGGUGAUGUCGCUGGUCAUUCAGGUGGUCAACUUCAUUGUUGCCAGAGCUUUACAUGAUCGCCAGUUUAAAACACUGAUGGAUGAAGUUGGAAAUGCAUACCCUGGUCUGGUUCUGCACAGCAAUGUCCGCUGGUUGUCAAGAGGGAAGGUGCUCAGCCAUUUCGCGGCUUGCCUGAAUGAAAUCAGGACUUUUCUGGACAUUAAAGGUGUCGAGCAUCCUGAGCUAAACAACACCGAGUGGCUUCUGAAGUUUUACUACCUUGUGGACAUGACUGCACAUCUAAACCAACUCAAUGUGAAAAUGCAAGGUGUUGGAAAUACCGUCGCAACCCUUCAGCAAGCUGUUUUUGCAUUCGAGAACAAGCUGGAGCUCUUCAUUACAGAUAUUGAAACGGGCCGUUUACUGCACUUUGAAAAACUGAGGGAAUUCAAAAAUGCCUGCACAGCAAGUGACCCCGCUCAACAUGUUGAUAUUCAGCAGCUAGCUAGCAUGACAUCAAAUCUGUUGCAGUCGUUCAAAGCACGUUUUGGAGAUUUUCGUCAGCACACCCGUCUCUUUCAAUUCAUCACUCAUCCACACGAGUGCGUACUGGAUGCAGCGGAGCUCAGUUACAUCCCUGCUGUGUCUGCCGGAGAAUUUGAGCUUGAAGUUGCUGAUCUGAAGGCCUCGGACAUGUGGGUGAAUAAGUUCAAAUUGCUGAAUGAAGAUUUGGAGAAACUUGCACGGCAGCAAGCAGAACUGGCCAGCCAACACAAGUGGACAGAAAUGAAAAAACUUCCACAUGCAGACGAACUGAUUGUGAAAACAUGGAACGCGCUUCCAGUCACAUACCAUACACUGCAGCGAGUGAGCGUUGCUGUGUUGACCAUGUUCGGAUCUACGUAUACAUGUGAGCAGUCCUUCUCUCAUCUAAAACACAUCAAGACCAACCUAAGAUCGCGUCUAACUGAUGAAAGCCUCAACGCCUGCAUGAAGCUCAACCUCACCGCAUAUCAGCCAGAUUACAAAGCCAUCAGUAAAACGAUGCAGUCCCAGAAGUCUCAUUAA